GCACCAAUUUCGUUUCAACCUUCCCACAAAGCAUUUUAGCUUCUCCGCCUUCAGCUUCCGACCACUCAGCUAACUUCCCACUUCACCGGAACGAAAAUUUCUGCAUGGGAAUCGAAAGAGGAAACCUCAAGGGCUUUCGGAGCGGCAGCUGGACUGUGCCGCCAAAGCCGUGUGACUCGUGCAAAUCGGCGACAGCGGCUGUUUUCUGCCGAGCCGACUCGGCUUUCCUCUGCAUGCUCUGUGACAACGAGAUUCAUUCCGCCAAUAAGCUGGCUUUGCGCCACGAGCGUGUGUGGAUGUGCGAGGUGUGCGAGCAGGCUCCCGCCUCCGUCACCUGCAAGGCCGACGCCGCCGCGCUCUGCGUCACUUGCGAUUCGGAUAUCCAUUCCGCCAAUCCGCUCGCCCGCCGUCACGAGCGUGUCCCCGUGGAGCCCUUCUUUGAUUCCGCCGACUCUGUAGCGAAAUCCUCUGCUGCUGCCCUUAACUUGCUGGUUCCAACUGAUAACGGAAUUGGAUCCGAUGGAUUCCUCCAGGAAGAAUCCGAAUCAGCAUCGUGGCUAAUUUCAAAUCCCAGUUUCAACCCAAAGAUCAUGGAUGUUCCGGAUAUCAAAUCGGGCGAUAUGUUUUUCCCUGAAAUGGAGUAUCCUUUGCUGGAUUUCGAUUACUCAAACUCCUUCGAUCAGAAUGACAAUAACAGAGGGGGUAACAACGAUGGUGUAGUCCCAGUCCAAGCUCGGGUUAUGAACCAUAUGGAGAGUUGCUUCGACAUCGAUUUUUGCAGAUCCAAGCUCUCCUCAAUUAACUAUCCAACGCAGUCGUUUACCCGUCAAAGCGUAUCGUCUUCUUCCGUUGAUGUUGGAGUAGUGCCAGACGGAGGAAACACGGUGUCGGAAAUCUCGUUCCCGAUCGGCCAGAACAUAAGUAACAGUUCGGAAUCGAGCGGAAUCAUAUCGGCCGGUAAUUCUACAACGCAAUUGGGAAGUUCGGCGAGUGGCAUGAACCGAGAAGCUAGGGUUUUGAGAUACAGGGAGAAGAGGAAGAACCGGAAGUUCGAGAAAACCAUACGGUACGCGUCGCGGAAGGCUUACGCAGAGACUCGGCCGAGGAUCAAAGGGCGGUUCGCUAAACGGACCGAGAUGGAGUCGGAUUUUGACCGGCUGUUCAACGCGGUUGAACCCACAACAGAUCUGUUGCUGGAUACUCAGUACGGCGUUGUGCCCUCUUUUUAAACGUGGGGAAGCGAGGACGUUGAAUAGUUGAAUAGUGAACCAAGUUUGUUUGUAGAAUGCCCGUUGGGAAGCGUUGAUCUUGGACCGUUGAUGAUGACUAGAAAGGUGGGACGUGGGCGAUCCUAGGCCGUCGAUAAGGUGGAGCUUUUUUGGACCCGAAGAUUUGUGUCUAUUUUAGUAAGAAAGUAAAAGCCGAUUUACUUUGAGUGGAAUCUGAAAUCUGUACUGUGAACUCAGUGUAUCGCUAUCCAGUAAAAAGUAUCAUUUUCGUCUGAUGGCGUA